UUUAGUGUUGUACGUCCAGCUGAUGCAGUGUUGUUAGGAUCCAGAAGCUAUAAUAAAAAGGUCGCCAUUCCCAUAUUUCUUCAUGCAAGCAACAAUGGAAACCUCGUCGACUUUGAGUUGUUGGAUUACUUUGGGUGUUGUAUUUGCAAUAGGAACCAUUAUUCAGGGAGCAGAUGCCAGCAGGGCUUUCUUCGUCUUCGGGGAUUCACUGGUCGAUAAUGGCAACAACAACUACCUGGCAACAACUGCCCGGGCUGACUCGCCUCCUUAUGGCAUUGAUUAUCCAACUCACCGUCCAACUGGGCGCUUCUCCAACGGACUUAACAUCCCUGACCUUAUCAGUCAGCGGAUGGGCGCCGAAUCCACGUUGCCAUACUUGAGUCCUCAGCUCACGGGACAAAAGCUGCUUGUUGGCGCCAACUUUGCUUCGGCAGGCAUUGGAAUCCUCAAUGACACCGGAAUUCAGUUUCUAAACAUAAUAAGAAUGUAUAGACAAUUCGAAUACUUCAAAGAAUACCAGCAACGAGUGCGUGCUCUGAUUGGAAGUGAGAGAACUAAUAGACUCGUGAACCAAGCGCUCAUUCUCAUUACUGUUGGCGGCAAUGACUUCGUAAACAACUAUUACUUGGUUCCCCUUUCAGCAAGAUCUCGCCAAUACUCGCUGCCGGAUUAUGUCAAGUAUCUCAUCUCAGAGUACCAAAAACUUUUACUGAAGCUAUAUAACCUUGGAGCUCGAAGGGUUCUUGUGACGGGUACUGGACCAAUGGGUUGUGUCCCGGCAGAAUUGGCCAUGCGAAACACAAAUGGCGGAUGCUCAGCUGAGCUGCUAAGAGCUGCUGCCUUGUACAAUCCACAACUCCUUCAAAUGAUAAGAGAAAUCAAUAAGAAAAUUGGCAAAGAUGUCUUUAUAGCCGCCAAUACACAACGUAUGCACAGUGAUUUCAUUAGCAACCCUCAAGCAUAUGGAUUUAUUACAUCAAAGGUAGCUUGUUGUGGGCAAGGACCAUACAAUGGCAUUGGACUGUGCACGCAACUCUCCAACUUGUGCCCCAACCGGGACGUGUAUGCGUUUUGGGAUCCGUUCCAUCCAUCUGAAAAGGCGAACAAACUUAUUGUGGAGCAGAUCAUGUCCGGCUCUACUAAGUACAUGAACCCCAUGAACCUCAGCUCUGUCAUGGCCCUUGGAUAAUCUGAUCACUCCAUAACCGUACCUAAGUAGCUUCAGAGCUAGUGACAGUCUUUUUAUGGAAAUAAUUAUUUCGAAUGUUUAUUUGUCUUUGAUUAGUGUCGUGGAUAUUUGAAAUUUCAUUGUAUUGUAUUGUUUGACAAGGAAACAAUAGCCAACUUCGUCUUGAAUAA